AGCUCCUGAGAUAACUCAUUACUACUUCAUCCACGUGUUCACUAUGUCAAACCCCUCGACAAGAAAACCCCCUACCGGCAAGCUAUACGCCAUUGCUGAUAUUCACGUGGCCUUUUCCUACAACCAAGAAGCCUGGUUUGAGUUGGCGCCGCAUCCCGGCGAUGGCCUGAUCUUAUGUGGAGACAUUGGAGAGACAGUUGAGCACUUGCGGCAGGCGUUUUCGAUAGCCACAAAAUGCUUCGACACUGUAUGGUGGUGCCCUGGCAAUCACGAGCUGUAUACUUUCCCGACGGGAUCUAGUACUGAUUUUCGGGGAGAGCAAAAGUAUCAGCAAUGCGUUGAGGUGGCGCGAUCCUUUGAUAUUCUUACGCCAGAGGAUGAUUUUGUAGUGUGGGAGGGAGAGGGCGGUGCAACUGUGAUUGCACCGAUUUUUACUUUGUACGACUAUUCAUUUAAGCCAUACGAUGUGACGAUAGAGAAUGCUGUUUCAUGGGCAAGAGAAGAGAAUAUUGAAGCCACGGAUGAGUUUCUGCUUCAUCCAGAUCCUUUCCCUAGUCGACAAGAGUGGUGCAGUCAUCUUGUUAAAAAGUUUGAAGCAAAGUUAGAGGCGGCACAGGCACAGUUCCCAUCUCUGCCUUUUGUUAUAGCAAACCACUGGCCGCUGCGAAAGGACCUCGCUAGUCUAAAGUACAUCCCACGAUUCGUAAUAUGGUGCGGCACAACUUUAACCGAAGAUUGGCAUCAAAGGUUCAACGCAAGGGCAGUCAUUAGCGGUCACCUUCAUAUACGAAGGACCGAUUGGAAAAAUGGCUGCCGGUUCGAGGAAGUCAGCCUUGGCUAUCCAAGACAGUGGAAGCAUUGCGCUCAAAUGGGCCUAGGUGUCAAUGAUCUCUUAAGGGAGGUUUUACCGGGACCAGAACCUCCUGAAAACGGAGAGGCGCCAGUACAAUGGAGAAGAUAUGGGUAAAGUAGGAUGGAUAUGUCUGCAAGAAUUACGCAUGCAAGAAUAUAUCCUAGUAGUAGUAGUAGUAGUAGUAGUA